GACAACCGCAUGCGCAGUGGCUCGCUCUGUGUCAAACAUGGCUGUGCUUUUGAAGAAAGAAAAAUGCUGAAUUGUGUUGAGGAAUCUCGCCAAAAGAGGAAAGCAUGGCACGACUGGCUGAUUAUUUCAUAGUGGUAGGAUACGAUCAGGAUAAAGCCGGAUCUGGGGAAGGAUGUGGCAAAAUCAUUCAACGCUUUCCCAGAAAGGAUUGGGAUGGCACAGCAUUUCCUCAGGGCGUGGAAAUGUUUUGCCAGCCUGGUGGAUGGAGGCUGUCUCGUGAGAGGAAGCCCCCAACAUUCUUCACAGUGGUGCUGACAGACAUUGAUUCAGAACGGCACUACUGCUCCUGUCUGACGUUCUUUGAGGCAGAGGUCAACCUGCAGGGCUCAAAGACGUUGGAGGCAGAUGGGGAGGAGGAAGAAGAUGAGGAAGAAAAUGGUUUGAUCCAGCCAGCUCAAGUCUUUGCACCCAAAAGUCUGAUUAUGGUCUCCAGGCUGGAUUACCCAGAAAUAUUUAGGGGCUGCUUGGGAUUGAUCUAUACUGUAUACAUCGACAGUAUGAACUUUCCUCUGGAAGGUCUGGUUGCCAACCUCUUCACAUGCUUUGUUCCACCGGCUGGAGGUGCUCAGAAACUGUUUUCACUGGGAGCAGGGGACCGUCAGCUCAUCCAGACACCUUUGAAUGACAACCUGCCAAUCACCUGCAAGAGUGUAGCCCUCCUCUUUCAACAGUUAGGAAUCCAGAACGUUCUUAGCCUUUUUUGCGCGGUUCUAACAGAGCACAAGAUUUUGUUCCACUCCUCCAGCUAUCAGAGAUUAGGAGAGGCCUGCCGUGCUUUGGAGUCCCUCAUGUUUCCUCUCAGAUACAGUUACCCCUACAUUCCCAUCCUCCCGUCUCGUCUACUGGAGGUGUUGAGCUCACCAACACCCUUCAUCAUCGGCGUACACUCCAUGUUCCAGAACGAGAUCCAGGAGCUGCUUGAUGUCAUCAUCGCUGACCUUGAUGGAGGAACGAUAAAGAUACCCGAGUGUAUACAUCUCUCCCAGCUGCCUGAACCCCUGCUGUACGAUACUCAAAAAAUACUGUCCAUGGUUUUGAACCCAGAUUUGGAAGCAGCUGAUAAUGCCUUCCCUCCCCUGCGUACUUCUCCACCUAACCUCAAGCUGCUGGAUAAAGAGGUGAGGGCCGUCUUCCUGCGUUUGUUUGCACAACUCCUCCAGGGCUACAGGUCAUGCCUGCAACUCAUUCGCAUCCAUGCCGAACCCGUGAUUCACUUUCAUAAGGCUGCCUUCCUGGGCCAACGGGGCCUGAUAGAAAAUGACUUCCUGACAAAGGUGUUGGAUGGAAUGGCCUUUGCGGGUUUCGUGUCUGAACGAGGACCUCCUUACAGAGCCUGUGAUCUGUUUGAUGAGCUGGUAGCAUUAGAUGUCGAGAGCUUUAAGGAGGAAGAUGAGAACCUGGGCAAGCUUCAGAAGCGCUUGAGGGAGUUAUCUGAGCAGCUUUAUAAAAACGAGAUCCCAAACCCUCACAUGGCAUUUCAGAAAGUGCCUCGUCCCACUGAAGGCUCACAUUUGCGGGUACAUGUAGUGCCCUUCCCCUGGCUGGAGGAGGAGAGGGUAGAGGAGUUGGUAGAGGAGGGUUUUGCCAAACAGAACACUAACCCCAUCAUCCCCCGUGUGGAGAAGAAGUGUGUGGUGCCUGCCGGACCCCCCGUUGCGUCGAUCACAGGCAAAGCCUGUUCGGUUUUUAACAGCGCCCGGAGACUGGAGGUGGUCCGGACGUGUAUCGGCUUCAUCUUCGACAAUAAGACUCUGGAGACGGAAAAGACGCUCCCUGCGGCUCUUCGGGCCCUAAAGGGCAAAGCAGCACGUCAGUGUCUGACUGAAGAGCUCAGCCGCCACGUGCAGCAGAACCGUGCCAUUCUGGACCAUCAGCAGUUCGAUCACAUCGUUCGCAUGAUGAACUGCGCUCUUCAGGACUGUUCAAGCUCAGAGGAAUACACUAUCGCCGCUGCAUUACUGCCUUUGACGACGGCUUUUUACAGGAAACUGGCUCCUGGGGUGGACCAAUUCGCCUACACCUGCAUUCAAGAACAUCCCAUCUGGACCAAUCCGCAGUUUUGGGAGGCCACCUUCUACUCUGAAGUCCAAAACCAAAUCAGAGCUCUGUACCUCACUUCCCCUGAGGACAAACAUCUCAUCACUGCCAAGAUCAAGGAACAGGGUAAAAUAACCACAGAAUUCAGUGAGUCUGAACGGACCGCUAUGGACCUGGCGGCGGAGCAGUUACGUGCUUGGCCCAGUCUAGGCAAAGAGAAGCAGCUGGAACUGGUGAAGAACGAAGAGAGUACGGUGUUCAGCCAGGCCAUCCACUACGCCAGCCUGAUGGUCUAUCUGCUUGUACCGCUGGACACCAGCAAAAACAAACUUCUGCGCACAGCACCUGCAGCCGACUGGGAGAGCGGCAGCAAUAGCAUCCUCACAAACAGUAUUGCAGGCAGUGUGGCUGAGAGCUUUGACACCGAGAGUGGGUUUGAAGACUCUGAGACCAGCGAUGUUGCCAACUCAGUGGGGAGAUUCAUUGCACGUUUCAUAGACAAAGUGUGCACAGAAAGCGGAGUGACGCAGGAUCAUAUCAAGAGUCUACAUAGUAUGAUUCCAGGGAUCGUUGCAAUGCAGAUGGAGACUCUAGAGGUGGUUCAUAGAGAAAGUAGAAGACUGCCUCCAAUUCAAAAGGCCAAGAUCUUGCGGCCUGCGCUGCUGCCAGGAGAAGAGGUGGUGUCAGAAGGGUUGCGGGUCGUCUUAGACCCUGAUGGUCGAGAGGAGGCAACUGGGGGACUUUUGGGAGGACCACACAUCCUACCAGCAGAGGGAGCACUUUUCCUUACCACUUACCGCAUUAUAUUUAAAGGAACUCCUCACGACCAAUUGGUUGGUGAACAGGCGGUGAUCAGAAGCUUUCCAGUCUCUUCUCUGACUAAAGAGAAAAAGAUCACAAUUCAGAGCCAACUACAGCAAAACAUGCAGGAGGGCCUUGAGCUGAGAUCCGCCUCAUUUCAGUUGGUAAAGGUGGCGUUUGAUGAGGAGGUGAGCUCCGAGAUGGUGGAGAUCUUCAGGAAACACCUGCAGCGGAUUCGCUAUCCCCUGUCCAUCUUCAGCACCUUUGCUUUUGCUGCAGGACAAACGACUCCACAGCUCAUAUUACCCAAACAGAAAGAGAAAAACACAGGUUUAAGAACACUAUCUAAGACCAUAGUGAAAGGGGCCAAAAGAGCCGGGAAGAUCACAAUGGGCCGCCAAUCCACUCUGAAGAAAACUGAGAAGGGCAGUCGCGGGACAGUGCACGAGGACGAUGAUAUCUCCAUCUCAGAUGAUGGAGAGCCGCCCUCCUGCAGCACGCUGAAGGCCUCUGAGAAGUCCACUAUGGAGCAGUUAGUAGAGAGAGCCUGUUUCCGUGACUACCAGAGGCUGGGUCUGGGUACCAUAAGUGCAAGCAGUACUCGGUCUAAAAGCGGCGAGCAUUUUCGGGUUACGGCAGUCAACAGACUUUACUCGUUGUGUCGCAGUUAUCCAGGUCUGCUGGUGGUUCCUCAAAGCAUACAGGACAGCAGUCUGCAGAAGGUGUCCCGUUGUUACAGGCACAAUCGUCUGCCGGUGUUGUGCUGGAAACAUCUUCGCAACAAAGCUGUUCUGCUUCGUUCAGGAGGUUUUAGUAGCAAGAGUGUGGUUGGCCUUUUCAAGUCUCAAAAUCCUUCUACAGCAGCUCCAGCAUCUUCAGAGUCCUCCAGCAGUCUGGAACAGGAGAAGUACCUGCAGGCUAUCCUCAGCUCCAUCCCCAUCUAUGUUAAGCCCAACGGCAGCAACACCCUCAGUAACCGCUCCGUCGUUGGCUUGUCUCCAGCUACUGAAAGACGCGCAUCAAGAAUACCAAAGAUGGCCCCUGUCCAAUUAGACAUUCCCUUCGCCAAUAGCUUUACUAGAGGAGUACUCGGGUACAGGGAUAAACUUUUCACUCACUCACACCAAAAAGCUUCGGCUAAGGGGAGAAUGCACAAUCAAGGUGUGUGGGCCAGCCUGCGCUCCAGCAGCAGAUUCAGCCAGCACACCACUGCUCCCGAUGUGGGCGCGCGAUUGGCCGGCAAGGAUCUGGCGCCCCCUACAGUCAUCGAGAACCUCCAGAACCAACUUCUGAAGCAUCAAGCAGCUCUCUACAUCUUUGGCGAGAAGUCCCACCUCAGGGGAGUCAAACUGGACUUGGCACUGAAUUGUGAACUGGUCCCAAUAGAGUUUGCGGAUAUGAAGCAGGUGAAAAGCUCAUUCAAGAAACUUCUGAGGACGUGCGCACCCAGCUCGAUGCCCUCGGACACAGAGGAUUCGUUCCUGAAAGCACUGGAGGAGAGUGAAUGGAUGGUGCAGAUACACAAGCUCCUGCAGUUGGCUCUGGUUGUGGUGGAGUUGUUAGACAGCGGAUCAUCCGUACUGGUUAGUCUUGAGGAUGGUUGGGACAUCACCACACAGGUGGUCUCUCUCGCCCAGCUGCUCAGUGAUCCGUUCUACAGGACCCUGGAGGGAUUUCAGGUGCUUGUGGAGAAAGAGUGGCUUUCCUUCGGCCACAAAUUCAGCCAACGCAGCAACCUGACCCCCAGCAGCCAGGGCAGCGGAUUUACCCCCAUCUUCCUACAGUUUCUGGAUUGUGUCCACCAGAUUCAUAACCAGAACCCUCUCGAGUUUGAGUUUAAUCAAUACUAUCUGAAGUUUCUGGCAUAUCACUACGCCUCCAACCGCUUCAAGAACUUCCUGCUGGACUCGGACUACGAGCGACUGGAACAUGGCACAUUGUUCGAGGAUAAAAGUGAAAAACAGUCCAGGAAAGGAAUCUGUAUCUGGGAGUUUAUCAACCGAAUGCAUCGCAGAAGCCCUCUCUUCUUCAACUACCUGUAUAGCCCUUCAGAGACGGAGCCGGUGUUAAAACCGUUGAUCUCGAUCCCCAAUUUAUCGACAUGGGAGUUUUACACAGGGGAGACGCUGUCCACGGGUCCUUCUUAUGACUGGUGUAUGCUCGCCACACGCACACAGACAACAGAAGAGUCGGAUACCAUCGCCACAACCAAGAGAAGAAUCGUCUGGCCGUGUUAUAGCAGCGUGAGCCGCGCUCAGCCCGAUGCUAUCACCAAACUCCUGGCUGACAUUGAGAGGUUGGAGGGUGAACUCGGACUGCCGACGGAGCCCUGGCACAUCACUCUGGAGAAAGUGAUUGACAGCAUACAGGAAGAUCUCAAGCAGGAGGGCAAUCUACGUAAGCAGUCGCUGUCCACCUCUGGUCUGGUCCUUACACCAAACCUUCAGGCUUAUAACCGACGAUCCAUGUUACAUCUUCCGGAUGGCACCCUGGGAGAGGACAGUAGUCCAGCUACAGUCAACGGAGUUAACCGCAGGGCAGCCACGCUUUACAAUCAGUUUACUCCAAAGAAUGAAGACAAUAGAUCAUUUGAGGGGAUCCUGUACAAGCGAGGGGCGUUACUUAAAGCAUGGAAAGCUCGGUGGUUUGUUUUGGAUGUAACAAAACAUCAGCUGAGAUAUUAUGAGACGGAUGAGGACACCAGCUGUCGCGGCUUUAUAGACCUGGCUGAGGUGGAGUCUGUUUUGAUUGCAACGCCAACCAUAGGAGCCCCUAAACACAUCAGUGAAAAGGCUUUCUUCGAUUUGAAGACCACUAAACGGGUGUAUAACUUCUGCGCAGCAGACGCUCCGAACGCUCAGCAGUGGAUUGAUAAGAUCCAGAGUUGCAUCUCAGAUGCAUGAAGGCCUUUUCUUCAUCUCUCUCUCUCAAUAUCUCUCUCGCCAAAGAGAGACUUAUAAUCAUAGUAAAGCCUUCAGUGCCUGUUGUAAUCCAGUAGACCUCUGAUAGUCGAUAAGUGGAAUCUCGGCUGAGAUCCUGAGCUCAGGGUUAAGAUGAGUGGAGGUCGAACAAAUCCCAAAUGCAACUGAGACAAAGCAAUAGCACUAAUCUUUAAAACUCGGGGCUUGACAAUAGGUGCGUUCUGAAAAACACAAUAAAACGCUGCUGCUGCUGACAUGUUUAAUGUAUAAGUAAGAACCACCAAAAACUUAUAUAUUAAAUAUAUAUUACAGAGAUGCACAGCGUUAAAAAGGCGAAUGAUUUGCACUUCAUGAUAUGCACACCAUACAGAAUAAACUACAACUACGCAUAACGUUUUAAUUACAUAUAAGUAUUUUUUCUAUAUUUACAAAAACUUUACGUCAGUAUGAAUGUUAUAACUCAGUUGUUGUUAUGUAAAUUAUUAUAAUUUUUAAGCAUUGCAAGAGUAACCGAUGUGUGAAUGGAGAUUGUUUCGUGUAAAUAUCUGUUACAAUUGUUAUAUACUCACCUUUGAAUACGUUUUUCUAAUCUUUUAGUCUAACUUGAAAUAAGAACACUCGUAUUUAUACUCGUGAUAAUGGACGGACCGAGCAAAGCACGUCAUGUGUUAGAAGCCGUGUUGCUUUAAAUGAAGGGAACACUUUAUUUCUCCAUUCUCUCCGAGGGCUUUAUAGGGUCGUAUGUUUUUUUUUAAGUAAGUACUUGUUUUCUGUAAAGUUUAAAUGAGCAAAACAAAAUUUAAAGUUGUCUAUUAUUGAACCUUUAAAAGAUGUGACUGUACUUUGUGGUGCAACUAAUGUUUUUGUUUGUUUACUAUUUUUACUUAUUUUUUAAGGAUUUGCUUUUGUUUGAAAUAAAUCUUUGAACUCUA